ACCGGGCCAUGUCUGCCAAUGGCCCGACUCUGUCGUGGGGCAGCAGCUCCCUGGCAUUGCGCUCCUUUUCUGUGUUCCAGGGCUCAGCCCCAAGAAGCGCGUGGAGCCGUCCUAAAAAAUAAGUUUCGUAAAAUCUACUCCCCUAGUCUAAGCAAGGGCGUUUCUGUAGGGGUGAGAGAGGGAGAGAGCCCUCUGCACGUGCUCGAGGCGCCCUUUAGUUCGGCGAUCAUCCGGCCGCUGUUGGAAGCCGAGAGCGGCGGCAGGCAGGCAAGCAGGCAGCUCGGUGGUGGUGGUGUUUCUUCGGAGUCACGCAACAGUUUCUGUGGCGAAAGCCCGAUGAGCUCAUCCUCAGAUAGGAGCCCUGCGACGAGCGCCCGAAUCCCGCGCCACGAGGUGCCCACCCCUCUCGGCCUCCCUCCUUCCCGCUGCCUGCCUGGGCCUCGCCCUGCGGUCGGGUCGCGCCUCGACGUGUUCAGGCGGCAGCCUAGAGGGGCACCACAAGGCAAAAGGGAUCGCCGGGCAUGAGAGAGGAAGCAGCGGGCUCACCGCCGCCGCCGGGACGCUGGCGAGAGGAGGAGGAUGACUGGCAACCCCAUAUACGACUAUCCGGAGCCCUAUGCCAACCCCCGGCGUGGGGCAGUGGCAUCUCCCCAGAAGAUCAGCCUCGUGGGACGGUUACGGCUCACCCAGCCCGUCUGGCUUCAGCUCGGCAUCAACUCAGCCACUGCGCUCCACAUUUUGCAGCAAGAGCCUCCCGGGACAUUUCUGGUGCGGAGAUCAAACACGCGGCAGUGCCAGGUUCUCUGCUUACGUCUUCCUGACAACUCAUCUCCAGCAUUCGUCACCACUUAUGGCUUAUGCCAGGAGCCUACAGCCAUCUCGCUGGAGGGCUCGAACCUGACCUUCCCCAGCCUCCUGCAUCUCAUCGCCGCUUCCUGCUCAGCACCGGACAUCCUCCCUCUCUCUUUGCGCCUUCCUCAGCCCAUCUGGAAGGCCUCAUCCUGCCAGCAGCUGGAGGCCAUUGCACACCUGGGACUUGAAUUCUGGAGCUCCUCCCUUAAUGCCAAGGGACUCUCCAGGCCAUCGCCCCCAGUGCCCGUGUCUCAUGCAGACCCCGACCCUCGGCGGGAUGCCCGGGCCGACCCCCAGGGACCGAGCGGUGAGGAACUGGCCCGCGGAAAGCCCACCCGAGCCUGCGGCUUUGCAAACCCCUCGCCUGCUGGACUGUCGCCCCGGGAUGUGGGUGUCCGGCGGCAACACUUCAAGAACAGCGUCAAAGUGCGGGUGUCCACGGAGGCCGCCAGCCCCCUCUCCCCGCCGGCUGCCCCCCCGCCCCCCAUCCCCGUUGGGAAGAAGAAGCCCCUGUCCCGGGCACCCCAGUUUCCUGCCCUGGGUAGAGGAAGUCGUGCCGCAGACAGUAAGCCACCGCCUCAAGUUUCCACACAGGCCACAGCGCGGCUGGACACCUACUGCGUACCCUCCAGCAGCAACCAGGGGGCCAAGGAGAAAGAGGCCGUGGGUCAGCGUGGGGCCCCUUUCAUCCCCAUCUCCUGCUCUGCUCAGCUGCUACAAGUGACGGAGGAAGAACAGCCAGAAGGACGCGGCAAGGAAGGGGACCCCGACGAUCCUCCCUGGGGCACCCCAGCCCGAGAAUGGGGCGCACUGGGUAAUGGAGUAAGAGGCGGGAGGAUUUCACCCUCCGAGCCUUCUUGAGAACAGAUGCUUCUGUGGAACUUUGCUGAAGCGGCCGAGGGUCAGGAUUCCUGGGCGUUCCCCGAGGAAGAGGUCUGAUGGACAAACCAGGAGAUGGAUGCGUUUGAUCCAAGCUUUCCAGAGGGAGCAAAGUCUGGCCAGUCAGGACUUCUCAGUUAUCCUGAGACAAAUGGACAGAAUUUGGGGUGGGGGCCGCAGUGUCCCCUCUAGCAGGGAUUUCCAGAUGUUGUUGACUACCACUCCCAGAAUCCCCAGCUGCAACGGCUUUUGCUUGGGGAUUCUGGGAGUUGUAGUCAACCACAUCUGGGAAUCCCUGUGAGAGGGAGCGCCGGUGGGGAGGGGAAUCUUCAAAUGGCUGCAAAACUUUAAAAUGUUGUGUCCGCCUGCGUUUUGUUCUGUGUUCCCUAUUAUGGAUUCUGUUGGACGCGGGGUUUUCAGGAGCAAAAAUGUAAAAACGAAAAAAGCAUUGGGCAAGUUGGUGCCCUAACACAUUAAUUAUCCUUCCAGGCUGAAUUUCAGAAGCAAAAUGUGCAAACCUUCGAAAAUUCAAGAGGUCGCAUUGGACAAUGGUAUAAAAUGUUAAUGAUGCAAAAUGUAAUUUUAAAAAAAAAUUAGCCCACAACAGUAAUCUGAGAACCAUGGAACAAUUGCUCCAGGGUCCUUGUCAGGUGGAGGAACCCCUUCCACUCCCUGUCUAGCCUACUCUUUCAAUAGUCAGUGCAAGUGCAUUGCACCUGGAAACCUGUGCACCUGGAGGUUCCCUUUAGCUAUCAUGACUAUUCACUGUUGAGGGCUCUCUCCUCCUCUGUGAAUGUGUCUAAUCCCCUUUCAAAGCCAUCUAAGCUAGUGGCCAUCACACGUUGUGGCAGUGAGUUCCACAGGUUGAUUGCAUAUUGUGCUUGUUGUGCAUCCUGACUAGAGGUGGGACUCUCGUGCCAAGUGUGGCAGAGGAAUUUCCCAGGUAGGAAACUUCAGCAUGAGAUUCAGAGGGGAAUUAUUUGGGGAGCAGGGAGGGGAGGAGAGAGGUGACUCUCCCCUAGUGCUCUGGCACUUCGAGCUGCAUCCCUGAGACAGAUAUUGGAGUCAAACCAACGUCAGGGUGGCCAAUAACUGAUCUUGUAGCCUCACAGCCAGCCACAGCUCUGCAACCGAAGUUGCCCUUGCAGACCUGCGAGGAUUCUGUGGGAUGGUCAUUCACCGACAUCUUCUAGAGGUGGAAGCUGGAUUUUCUGAAGAUGGGUAGCUGUCUUGGUUGUUGCCAAGCAAGGGAAUGUCUGGGAUGGCAGGGCAAAGCAAACCUGAGGACUCCACGGGACUAGCUUUUAAAGCUCUCCUUCCAUUGGUUUUCCCUGGAGCCCAGCCUGCUGCGUUCACACAUGCCUUUACUCUCCCUGUGUUAACUUUAGGGGCUGCUAAUCCCCCCACACACACACUAUUUACACCAUGCCGCUUCCCCUCAAAAGGCAGACGGCCCUCAAAGAUCGCCUCCUGGGUUGAUUUCCACUGAAUUUAUUUAGUUUCCAGGCCCUAAAUGUGUGCAGCACAUGUGUGGGGAAAUUGGCCCUCCAGUUGAAGCUCACUUCAAAAGCUGCCCCCCAGAGUCCCCACAUGUUGCUUCCAUGAACCUUCCCUAAGCUUUUCUCCUUCCAUCUUCCUCUAGAUCCCAUGCAGAACAGGAUGAAAAGUUGGUUGCUCUUUUUUUUAACUCUUGAAUGCUCUUAAUGCUUUUGGGUCUGGAGCGGCCAGCUUAAGGGGUGGGGUGGGGUGGGGUGUUCAGACAAUCAAAACCCAGGAGUCCUGGCACAUAUUUCCUCAGCAGAGUGAGCCCAAUUUUUUUGCCACACCAGGAAAAUGUUUUCCUGCUGUGGCAAAGGUGUGCCCUCUAGUGGCUACCCUUUGCAUUGCAACAGUAUUUAUUUUUUAUUUUAUUUAUUUAUCAAAUUUGUACACCGCCCCAAACUUUCAUCUCUGGGUUGUUAACAAUAGCAUAAAACAAGUUAAAAACAUAUGCACAAAAAAACCCUCAAAACAAUUUAAAAAUUUAAAAAUAAACCAGAGAUAAAAAUAAACCUAAGAAAAUUUAGGCAGCUGAGAAAGCUUGGGCGAAGAGAUGGGUUUUCAGGUGUUUUUCUAAAAUUGCCAGAGAUGGGGAGGAUCCUAUCUCAGCAGGGAGCGCAUUCCACAGUCUCAGCAGGGAGCGCAUUCCACAUUGCUUUGCUGUAUUUUUAUUUUGGUGUUUUGCUUGUUUUUUAAUGCUGAAAAGCUCCUUUGGAGGAGGACGGGGAAGGUGGCCUCAUGAUGGCACAGGGAGCUAGCCAAUCAGCACUCUGCACAGCCAUCUUGGGCGGCAGACAAAGACAGCUGGUUUCCUUGAACUCAAUCUUCAAGGGAAGAAAGUAUGUCUGAGCAAAAUACAGUGAGUGCCUUUCCACAGCAGAGUCACUACUCAAACUAAGGAUUCAUCCAAAAUGAGCAGGGCUACCACAAAGGAUCCUGGGGAGACCCUGUUUGUCUGUGCUCCUCUCCUCUCUCAAGUUUUUCUUCUCAUGCAGCUAAGUGCCUUCUCUGUGUGAGAGGCUUUCAUUAUUAUUUGCUCCCUUUUCUCAAAGAUUACCGAAGGUGUCCAGAGACUUGUCAUGUAAAUUUUCUGUUUAAUUUAAAUGAUGUGAUAUCUUUAAAUGUUGCUAAGUUCUGUUCCAUGGUAAGUGGAGUGAGUAAGAAGAUGGUCGCCUCAUUAGAAUCGGAAACAGUAUGGGAGGGUUUUAUAUAUAUAUAUAUGUAGGUUAUGUUUAGAUCUAAUGCUCAUAGUUACAGGUUGAGUAGCUAUGCAUAAGUAUUAUGUAUUAGGUUUAAUUGGGGAGUAAUUAUAUGUUUGGAAAUUUGUGAGUUGUAUGUCUGUUCUGGUUGAUGUCCGAAAUAAAACUCCAUCCAUCCAUUCAUA